AUGGCUUUGCCCGCCUCCGCCCUGGCGCGAGAGAGCCGCGAUUCGGCGCGGGGCUUGUUGGAUGAGGCAGCGCUACCGGGCUCGGUGAUGGAUGCCAGCUUGCUCCGGCUCUUGGAUUUCAUGUACAAGGUGGAGCUGUUCCAACAGUUGGAUGCGGAAGAGAUCCUGCAACUGGCGCCAGCCUUCCAGCGGCUGGAAGCCCAGGAUGGUGAGAAGAUCGUGUCCCAAGGUGACGAAGGCGAUCAGCUCUUCUUCAUCGAAUGUGGAACCGUGUCGGUGCGGGUGUCCAACGGUGGGAAAGAGCGGGAGAUCACCACGCUGUCGCAUGGUGACUACUUUGGAGAGGCGGCGCUGCUCCACGGCGCGCCGCGCAAUGCCUCGGUCUACGCGCUCGGGGAGGUGCAGCUGCGCAGUCUGAGCCGCGAGCGCUUCGAGGCGUUCGACUUGCACCGGAAGUUGAACCUGGAGGUGCGAGAUGCGCGGAUGAAGAACGGGCUGCGUGAGCUCAUGGGAGGCUUGGUCUCCGUGAAGACGUUCUGCAAAGCCGUCCUUCUGAUCGGCAUCUACUUCGGAGUGGCGGUCUUGAUCUUUUCAUCUUUGGAAGGAUGGACUGGGCUUGAUGUGGUCUACUUCUCCAUCAUCACUCUUAUGACUGUAGGCUAUGGUGAUUACGCGCCCAAGCACUGGGGCUCUCGCUUGACCUUGGUCUUCUUCGUCUUGGCCUCAUUGGUGCUGGUCGCCACCAGCAUCGGCGAAUUCCUGGAGACCCUGGUGGCCCUCGAGAUCCGGAACGAGCGCGCGCGCAAGGCCCUGCAGCUGAAGCAAGCGCGGGUAGGGGUCUUUGAUUACAGCGGGCAGCGGCAGCGCUGGCGACGGAGGACCUGCGCAUGUGUGGGGGCGCUAUUGGGGCUCUUGUUGGUGAGCUCCCUGCUGGCGAAAGCCUUCGCGCACAAGUGCCACACUUGGGUGGAUGCCUUGUACUUUAGCGUGGUGACACUCUCUACCAUCGGCUACGGCGAUUUGACGCCAGGGCGUGAGCCGGGCUCGCGCGUGGUGGUGGGCAUCCUGGUGCUCUUCGGCGUGCCCUUCUUCGGCAUGAUGCUGGCGCGGAUCGUGGAGAUCGCCUACGGCCGUGCCAAGAAGAUGGGGCUCCCCGCCGUGGUGGGCGGCUUGACCAACGAGAAGUUCGAGCAACUCAUCGAGUUCACGGACCAACUCUGGAGGGCGGGGGGCUACAACUCCCGGCCUCAGGAGAGCUUGCGUGAAGAGAUCACUCCCUUCGAGUUUCUUUGCUUCAUGCUCACGCAGAAUGAGUCUGUCUCCUUAGAUGAGAUCAAGCAGAUCAUGGCGAACUUCUCAGAGUUGGACUUGAACAAGACCGGUCUUUUGGAUCAGUCUACAGUCGACGAGUGGCUGAGGCGUGGCUCCAGCAAUCCGCAGGGCUUCGCACCCUCGAGGCGUCUGAAGCGACUCACGACCAGCCCCAGCAACGCGACGGGCCUUGGCCCCAGCCCUUGCAGCAGUUUGAUCUCGAUGGCCACAGCCUUCACCGAUGAAUGCUUCGACCCAUGCCAUGAGGCGGCAGGCGGCGGCCUGGAUGGCUCGGCUCCACCAUCGCGUGACGGCCGCCGGCCACGACGACGGGUCGGCCGCCGGUCCUUCUCCGGCCGGCCCUUGAAACCCGUUCGCUGGGCGGAUUUCACCGGUUUCACCCUGUCUCACUGCGUUGGCGCACAACGACACGGAUGA